AUGCCCCAAAUGGAAGACCUACUUGGUCAACUCUGGAAGGAAUAUGCAUUGUCCGAUUCUCGAUACAUGACCAUAGAGCCAUUCGUGCUUUGCAUGGAGACAAUCACAGCCUUUGCAUGGGGUCCACUUUGCUAUCUGACAUCGUGGAUGAUUGUAACCAAAUCCCCAUACCGCCAUCCAACCCAAAUGCUUGUCUCUAUGGGUCAGCUCUACGGCGAUGUUCUCUAUUAUGCGACGAGCAUGAUGGAGGAUUAUUAUCAUGGCAGAUCUUAUUCCCGCCCUGAAACGUAUUAUUACUGGGGGUACUUCAUUUUCAUGAACACCUUUUGGAUUUUUAUUCCAGGUGAGCUACUCGGCAACUAUUGGAGCUUUUCGACAAUCUGCUCGUGUUGCGAAGAAGAAGCUUUGAGAGAGAGAUUCCAUAUUCCAUUCGUCGGCAUCUGGACUUCCGGAGGUGGUGCCAUCUAUAGAUGGAUAGACUACGUUAUUUGGGUGUCGAUCUUCCUAGGUUUCAAUUGA